UACAUUUUUUGUGUAAAUUUCAGUCCUACAAGAUCAUCAAUUUUGCUCCAAGCCUACUGCAAAUCAUAGUUUCGGAUCAGGUUGAAUUCCCAGUACGUCAGGCAGCUGCCAUUUACCUGAAGAACAUGGUAACGCAGUACUGGCCAGAUCGGGAGCCACCACCGGGAGAAGCAGUGUUUCCAUUCAACAUUCAUGAAAAUGAUCGCCAGCAAAUUCGCGAUAACAUCGUGGAAGGAAUAAUUCGGUCUCCUGACUUAGUGAGGGCCCAGCUGACAAUGUGCCUGCGUGCUAUCAUUAAACAUGACUUUCCUGGCCAUUGGACAGCAGUGGUAGACAAGAUAGGCUAUUAUUUGCAGUCUCAGAACAGUGGAAGCUGGCUUGGCAGCCUGCUGUGCCUGUAUCAGCUGGUAAAGACAUAUGAGUACAAGAAAGCAGAGGAGCGCGAUCCUCUUAUAGCAGCAAUGCAAAUAUUUUUGCCUCGGAUCCAGCAGCAGAUGAUCCAUCUUCUUCCUGAUAACUCCCACUACUCCGUACUGCUUCAGAAACAGAUCUUAAAAAUCUUCUAUGCACUUGUUCAGUAUGCAUUGCCUCUUCAGCUGGUGAAUAAUCAGACCAUGACUCAGUGGAUGGAGAUCUUCCGUACUACCAUCGACAGAAGUGUGCCUGCUGAGACUUUACAGAUUGAUGAAGAUGAUAGGCCAGAGCUGGUAUGGUGGAAAUGUAAGAAGUGGGCAUUACAUAUUGUAGCUCGCCUUUUUGAACGGUAUGGAAGUCCUGGAAAUGUCACAAAAGAAUACUUUGAAUUUUCAGAGUUCUUUUUAAAGACCUAUGCUGUGGGAAUCCAACAGGUUCUCUUGAAAAUCGUAGACCAGUACAGGCAAAAAGAAUAUGUUGCUCCACGUGUCAUUCAGCAGAUCUUAAACUAUCUGAAUCAAGGGGUCAUUCACUCUGUAACCUGGAAACAGAUGAAACCACACAUACAGAGUAUAACAGAAGAAGUGAUAUUCUCUCUAAUGUGUUACAAAGAUGAAGAUGAAGAACUCUGGCAGGAGGAUCCUUAUGAGUACAUUCGCAUGAAAUUUGAUGUGUUUGAGGAUUAUGCAUCCCCUACGACAGCAGCACAGAAUCUCCUCUAUACUGCAGCAAAGAAGAGAAAAGAGGUACUACCAAAGAUGAUGGCAUUUUGUUAUCAGAUCUUAACAGAGCCGAACAUUGACCCAAGGAAGAAAGAUGGAGCAUUGCAUGUGAUAGGUUCUCUAGCAGAUAUUUUACUGAAAAAGAGUGUGUUCAAGGAUCAAAUGGAACUGAUGCUACAGAAUCAUGUAUUUCCAUUGUUCAUGUCUAACUUGGGGUAUCUUAGAGCUAGAUCCUGUUGGGUUCUUCGAUCAUUCAGUACUUUGAAAUUCCACAAUGAACUAAACCUGAGAAAUGCAGUAGAGCUGGCAAAAAAGAGCCUAAUUGAUGAUAAGGAAAUGCCAGUCAAAGUAGAAGCAGCCAUAGCGCUUCAAACACUAAUAAGUAACCAGGAGCAAGCCAAGGAGUAUGUAAAGCCAUAUGUCAGACCUGUUAUGCAGGAGCUGUUGCACAUAGUUAGAGAGACAGAAAAUGAUGACCUUACUAACGUUAUCCAGAAGAUGAUCUGUGAGUACAGUCAGGAGGUUGCUACCAUCGCUGUUGACAUGACACAACACUUGGCUGAGAUAUUUGGUAAAGUUCUUCAAAGUGAAGAAUAUGAGGAGGUGGAGGACAAAACAGUUAUGGCCAUGGGAAUUUUACACACAAUUGACACUAUCCUAACAGUUGUGGAAGAUCACAAAGAGAUAACUCAACAGCUGGAGAGCAUAUGCUUACAGAUCAUUGGCCUCGUUUUGCAGAAACACGUAAUAGAAUUUUAUGAAGAAAUUCUCUCUCUGGCAUACAGCUUGACAUGCCAAAUGAUUUCCCUCCAGAUGUGGCAGCUUUUAGGUGUGUUAUAUGAAGUUUUCCAGCAGGAUUGUUUUGAGUACUUUGCAGAUAUGAUGCCUCUCUUACACAAUUAUGUGACCAUUGACACUGAUACUUUACUGUCUAAUCCAAAACAUUUAGAAAUAAUUUACACUAUGUGUAAAAAGGUAUUAACUGGAGAUGCAGGAGAAGAUGCAGAAUGUCAUGCAGCCAAACUUUUAGAAGUAAUUGUCCUUCAGUGCAAAGGGAGGGGUAUUGACCAGUGCAUCCCACUCUUUGUAGAAGCUGUACUAGAGCGGCUAACCCGAGGAGUUAAGACAAGUGAGCUUCGUACCAUGUGUCUCCAGGUUGCCAUAGCUGCUCUUUAUUACAACCCUGACCUACUUCUGCACACAUUAGAGAACAUCAGAUUUCCGCACAACCCUGAGCCUAUCACUGCGCAGUUUAUAAACCAGUGGAUGAACGACACUGAUUGUUUUCUUGGACUCCAUGACAGGAAGAUGUGUAUAAUAGGCCUGAGCAUCCUAAUGGAGUUGCAGAACCGGCCCCCUGCAGUAGAUGCUGUGGCUGCUCAGAUUGUUCCUUCAAUCCUUCUCUUAUUUCUGGGAUUAAAGCAAGUGUGUGCAUCACGCGAGGUCACAGUACCUGAAGAGCAUGCUAAAGAUGAAAAGCACGUUGCAGAAGACAAUGAAGAGAUCCCAAGUGAUGAAGAGGAGACCAAUGAAGUGGGCCAGGCAAUGCAGGAGAAUCAUGGAGGAGGUGGUGGCGGAGGAGGGGAUGAAGCUGAUGAUGAGGAUGACGAUGACGAUUGGGAUGAAGAUGCAUUAGAAGAGACUGCUCUAGAAGGAUUCAGUACCCCUCUUGACCUUGAGAAUGGUGUAGAUGAAUAUCAGUUUUUUACACAAGCACUGUUAACGGUGCAGAGCCGGGAUGCAGCCUGGUACCACUCACUAACAGCACCACUUAGCGAUGAUCAGAAGAAACAGCUUCAAGAAAUUUACACACUGGCAGAACAGCGGCGAAAUGCAGCAGUCAAUUUUAGAGACUAAGACUAUAGAACAACAAAGUGGCUACACAUUUGACAACAAAGGACUCAUCCCAUCAUUUAACUUUGGUGGAAGUGCUCCUGGUGGCAACUGAAGGAGAAGCUGUAAAGGACUGUGGGAAGGGUCUCAUCAUUGCAUUCUUAUUCUGAGUGGUUAGGGGAGGGUAAUGCUAUGCUGCAGAAGGCUCCCUGGGAUACAGUGGUGCACUUCCUCCACCAGAAUGCUCUUUCUAACCAGCUACUGUAAUGUACAAAUUCUUGUGGUGUUUUUUUUUUUAAUUUGGUGGACUGAAAAGAAAGUGUCCUGUCCUCAAGGAAACUGAAUGACUGGGAGGGGCCCAGUUGAAUCUAAUUGAGUUGCACUUCUCAGGUUUUUGCCGUGCAGAAUUGCUGGAUUCAUAUGGAUAACAGUGCCUUCUGUUGUACAUGGAUUGCCUGAACAAAUGAAUUUUAGAGCGCAUUGUAAUUUUUUAAGUGUAAGGACAUUUCUAGAUACACUGUAAGCCUUUGUUUCUUGUUUUCCGGUUAUCUGCCUUUUAUUACAUGACUUAGUUAUAUGUCAGUGGCAUACACAUUGCUGGAUU